GCCGGGUCACGCAGAUCACGUGGUCGCAGUGGCCCCGCCGCCGGGACGCCCGGGUCAUGAUGGCCGCUCGCGCCCUCUCGGCCUGCGCCCGCCGCCUGCUCCCGCGGCCGCCCCUGGCCGCGCCGCCGCCCGCCGCGCUCCGCACGCUGUGCCCGCUUCCGGCGACGCUGAGGCCCCGGGGGCCCGGCCCGGCCCGGCGCUGCCUGGCUCCCCCCGUCCCACCGCUCGCCCUGUGCCGCCCCUACUCGGAGCUGCCGCCCCUCACCCUAGACGGCAUCCGCGAGCGCGUACUGUACGUGCUCAAGCUGUACGACAAGAUCGACCCCGAGAAGCUCACAGCUGAGUCCCAUUUUAUGAAGGACCUGGGUCUGGACAGCUUGGACCAAGUGGAAAUCAUCAUGGCCAUGGAGGAUGAGUUCGGAUUUGAAAUUCCUGAUGGAGAUGCAGAGAAGUUAAUGUGUCCACAAGAGAUUGUCGAUUACAUUGCAGAUAAGAAGGAUGUUUAUGAAUAAAACCAGUUCUUUGAGGCCAAGAGGCGACUGCACAGCCAGGAUGGGGCUGGUGUCAGCAGGGUGAAAGUAAGCGCACAUGCUGUACUGUUGCUGCUUCCAUCGCAACGUUGUGCUUGGACGUUGUAUUUAAAGCUGUUGAACUGUAUUGUCCUUUAAAAACAGGGGGAAAAAAGGAAUAAAUAUCUAAGACCACUGUG